ACUCGUUCGCCAGUUACUCGCACACAGACUGACAGCCUCACUCACCACCUUCCGUCAUCCUCUCCUCGUCGUCUUCAAUCCAUCCCCAAUUCGUGCUGCGUUCUUCCAUCUCCCAAAUUGAUCUCCUUCCCCAUUUGGCCUUCCUUUCCCGGUGGGGAAACAGCUGUACCUAGGCAGCGAGCCACUCCUGCUCUCCGGCAAACGCGGAGAAAGUGGGCGGGCAAGGUGUCCGCGACGCCGGCACCUCGUCUUGCUCCGCUCCGUGCGGUUCACCUUCUCCCAGCAGCGAGGAGCGGCGCAGACCGAGAGGCCAAGAACCGGAUCCGUGGGUCCAUGAAGCCCGACGCGAGGAAAGAUGCCGGCGGUGGCGUGGCCGCAUUAGGCGUCUCCUGCUUCGACAUCAAGUCCUUCGUCGCCUCCCUCGCGCUGCUCACGCUCGUCAUGGCGCUCUGGCAGCUCCACCCUUACCAGCCGCUCCUCUCCGCCUCCCGCCCGUCUACCACCUGCCCCCUGCUCCCCCGCCCGCCCAUCUCAGCUUCCUCCCGCGCCGCUGCCACCGUCGCCCCAUUUCCUUCCGGCAACUCCAGUGCCAACGCUGCAAGCACCAAGGCGGCCUCUUCGGCUGUUCCCGCCGUCACGACGACGAAGCCGGCUGCGUCCGUGGUGCCAGCCGCCCGGCCGCGGGAUCCCAACAAGCGGGAGUUCCGUUCGUACGGCAGCGCGGCGGCUCUGUUCGUCCAGAUGGGCGCGUACCGGGGCGGCCCGCGUACGUUCGCCGUCAUUGGGCUAGCCUCCAAGCCGGCACACGUCUAUGGCACCCCCUACUUCAAGUGCGAGUGGGUACCCAACCAGGAUCCAUCGUCGCCGGCGCCGCCGCGGGCCGUCCGUACCAAGGCCUACAAGAUGCUGCCGGACUGGGGCUACGGCCGCAUCUACACCGUCGUCGUCGUUAACUGCACGUUCCCCACCAACCCCAACGCCGACAACCGCGGCGGGAAGCUCCUCAUCCACGCAUACUACUCCACCGCCUCCCGCCGGUACGAGCGCUUCGUUGCGCUCGAGGAGACGCGGGGUUCCUACGACGAGUCCCGGUUCCGGCCGCCCUUCCCCUACGAGUACCUGUACUGCGGCUCUUCGCUCUACGGGAAUCUCAGCGCAGCUCGCAUGAGGGAGUGGCUAGCCUACCACGCGCAUUUCUUCGGACCCGCCUCGCACUUCGUGCUUCACGACGCCGGUGGUGUCAGCCCGGAGGUCAGGGCGGUGCUGGAUCCGUGGGUCCGGGCGGGCCGGGUCACCGUCCAGGACAUCCGGGCGCAGGCGGAGUACGACGGCUACUACUACAACCAGUUCUUGGUGGUGAACGAUUGCCUCCACCGCUACCGGCACGCCGCGAAUUGGACCUUCUUCUUCGAUGUGGAUGAGUACAUCUACCUCCCGGACGGCCGGACGCUGCAGGAGGUGCUGGGGCAGCUGGAGGCCUACACGCAGUUCACCAUCGAGCAGAACCCCAUGUCAAGCAAACUCUGCGUGGAGGAUCCAACCAUGGAAUACUCAAGGAAAUGGGGUUUUGAGAAACUCGUCUUCCGUAAUUCGAUCACUGGAGUCAGGCGAGAUCGCAAAUAUGCAAUCCAAGCUCGGAACGCAUACUCCACAGGUGUACACAUGUCCCAAAAUGUCAUCGGUAGGACAACCCACAAGACGGAAAGCUUGAUCCGAUACUACCAUUAUCACAACUCGAUCAACGUCAUGGGGGAACCCUGCAGAGAAUUUGUACCGACACCCACUAAUGGAAGCAAGGUAAUGUUUGAGGGGAUACCAUAUGUCUAUGAUGACAACAUGAAGCGCAUCACAGGGGAGAUCAAACGCUUCGAGGAGGAGACACUUGGAACCAUCCGUAGAUAGGAUUGGUGCAGAAGCAUAGCUGGUACAUAUACAGUAUAUUUCGGAUACCUUGAACCCAUGCCCAUCCAUUCCCCGUCACUCUCAACUUGUGCACUUCGUGCCGCCAUUCCAACAAGCAGAAGGAAAGAAUCUAUCUCGGGUUGAAUUAGUGUAAAGUUUCAGUUUCCCUUGGCAUUCUCCAGUCUGUGGAGGGCCAUGCUUUGAUGCGCGUUUUCCCUUUUGUCUCUUUGAUGGUGUCUGUAUCUCAUUAUAGAUUUGUCUAGACUGACUGUUGGGCUUUAUUAGAUUUUUCUGAAGUCUUAUAGGGCGCAGUGUAAAGUGUCCGAAUAUUUGACUUAACCUCACUCUGGAGUUUGGAUCUGAAUGAAACUUUGUUCCUGCAAAAAUUGCAGCGCCAGUUCCCAUGGCUUUUGUAAGGCUUUGGUAGUGGAGCAUGAGGUUUCUUACAAUACAAUGGAUCUUCUGUUAUGUACACCUAUCAGAAUAGAGGACAACUCAGCUAUGGUGAAGCAGGUUUUUAACUCAUGGUUAAGCAGUUUUUAACAUGUACACUUUGUUAGAUAUUAA